GGAGGGAGGGAAUGCAAACACGACGACUGCGCACGCGCGUAGCUAGAUGCUACUGGCUAGCCGCUUCUCGCGUUUCACCGGCAAUGAUACGGCAAACGUUGGACCGAAAGGGGGACACCGUCACGUAUCUAGCGGACCUCUCAGUACCGCGGAUGGAUUGCUAGCGGCACGGCGACACCACGGCCGUCCGCGAUUAUUCGUUACCUUUCAAAACCCGUCAAAGUAGCCAUCCGAAUUCGGGCUGAUGUGAUGAUUUCGUUCAGCGACGCACACCGGCUCGGCUGACGCCGGAUGGCUUCGGCGUACGCACGAACGAACGUACGAACGUUUUUUUUGCGUGUUUUAAGGUCUCAUUGACGGAAAUAAGCCCGAAUUCGGAUUUUAACUUCUUUGGAAAAUCGCAAUUUUUGGGUCGCGUGACCCGAUCAGCGAUCGUUUUAAAGCGCUUGCGGGCGACCCUACGCUAGGCUAACGCUAAGCUAGGUAACGUCCACUCCACGUCAAGGUACACUUUUAAUUCUUUGUUUAUUUUUGUGCAAAAACUCGAAGCAGCAGCACUUGUUCAAAGGGCCAAGGCGCACACGUCGGUCUGAACCAUUAUCUGACUGUCCCUCUUGUUUUAAUGGACCAUUCCCCUUAUGGGUUGUUAGCAUCGCCCCGGCUAGCUCACGUUUGUAGCUAGUUCUUCACGCCGGUAGCCUCGUUCUCUAGGAAUGCACCACCAGGACUUCGCGGGGGAAUCCACCGGGACCGGUGGCCGGAAGAUGUCGCACCCGUCCGGGUUCCACCAUCGGAGGGGAAGCAGCAGCGGUAGCGGAGGUGCGUCUGCGCCUUCUUCCGCGGCAGCGGGAGGCGGCGGCAACGCGAUCGCCGGGGAUGAGGGCAGCGGCGGCGGGCCCCAGGCCGGGGGGUCGUCCUCCCCGGGGCUCCACCACCACCAGCUCCAGUCACAAGCCGCGGGGGCCCAGAUGAAGAAAAAGAGCGGCUUCCAGAUCACCAGUGUCACCUCCGCGCAGGUCAACGUCAGCGCCAACAACAGCCUGGCGGACGACACGGAGAGCUACGACGACAUGGACGAAUCGCACACGGAGGACCUCUCCUCCUCGGAGAUGCUGGACGUGUCCGUGUCCCGGGCCACGGACACGGGCGUGCCUGAGCGGAGCUCCUCGGAGGAGACGCUGAACAGCCUCCACGGCGUGGACACGCCGGGGCUGGCGUCGCCCAACGAGCCGCUGCAGCCCCAAGGCGCGCAGGCCUCCAUGGUGAACGGGACCAUGCACCAGCACCAGCCGCCCACCCACUUCCCCCAUCACCAUGGUCACCAAUCGGACCUUUCAGAAGGCGGGACCCCCUCUAGCGCCGCGUUAGCCCACCCCAGCCCGGCUAUGAUUCCUAAUUCCGGACCGGGAUCUGGACCUGGGAAACCCAGUAGGAUAUCUGUGUUGAAUACCGUUGCCGGGACAACUGCUCUCCCCCCCGCCGCCGGUGCUGAGAACCGAACACAGACUCAGAUGGUGAACCCGGGCCCCCUGUUUGGUACCGUGGGAGUGAGCGCUACGGGCCCCACAGGGUACGACGGGGCCUCCUUGGUGGGAGGGACCACCCCCGCGGCCCAGGCUGCUGCCCCCAACGGCCAGAUUCAGGCCCCGCCUGCCCCCGUGCCCACCCAGCAGACCCAGGCCCCCACCGGCUCGCGCUUCAGGGUGGUCAAGCUGGACACGAACUCGGAGCCCUUCCGCAAGGGGAGGUGGACGUGUACAGAGUACUACGAGAAAGAGGUCCCCCACGCGGCCCCCGUCGCCGAGGCGCCGAAGCCGAGCGAGGUGCCUCCGGUGGCCGAUACGGAGGCAGGAAACCAGGGUGUCGCGGGGGCGGGUCAGGGCCCCGUGGGGCCCCAGCCCCCGCAGACCCUACAGCCGCAUCCCCAGGGGGGCCAGGACUUCUCCAGCCCCGGCGCCAUGCAGAGCCCCCCCCAGCUGCUGGGCCUCACUGCGCUCCACGCCCAGAUGCCCUUGCAGGACCUCGGUAGCGGGGGGCACCUGAUGGCGGGCCAGGGGCCGCAGGCGGGGGGCCCAAGCCAUGGGAUACCCCACCAGGCGCCAUCCCAGAUUGGCUACUCCACCGCCGGGGUCCCCGGGCGACAGCCGGACUUCAUCCAGCCCACGGCGCCGUUCCAGACGCAGGUACCGCCCCCCGGCGUCGCCAUGGCGAUGGGGCACGGGGGCGGGGUCCAGCCGCAGCUGCCGCCCCCCCAAGGCCAAGGGCCGGCCUUCACCCAAGGCCAGCCCCAGCGGCUCCCCGCCCAGCCGCAGCACAGGCCUUACCCUGCCGCGCACGGGGCCCCCUACGUGCCCCUGACGGCGCUGCAGGCCGACCUGCAGCCCCUCCUGGCCCACGGCUCGGUGGGGGGCCGGACCAGCCACCUGGAGGACGCACAGAGGCUGCUGUUCCAGCACCGCCUGGAGCAGCAGGCGGCCGGGACCCUGGCCCACAUGGGCAUGGGCAUGGCAGUGGAGGCCAGCGCCCUGAUGGUGGCGGCGGCGGUGGGGCUACGAGGCCAGCCGGCGGACGGCGACGACGACAGUUCGUCGGGAGCCAGUGUGGUGGCCAUUGACAACAAGAUCGAACAGGCAAUGGACCUGGUGAAGAGCCACCUGAUGUACGCGGUGCGCGAGGAGGUGGAGGUGCUGAAGGAGCAGAUCAAGGAGCUGCUGGAGAAGAACAGCCAGCUGGAGACCGAGAACAGCCUCCUCAAGACGCUCGCCAGCCCCGAGCAGAUGGCCCAGUUCCACGCCCAGGUUCAGAGCGACUGCUCCCCCACUGGGGGGGGGGGAGGAGUCGGGGGCGGGGCUGGAGGCGGAGUUGGAGCAGGGGGUGGGGUCUCAGCCGGGAGCUCGCCGCCGGUGCUGCCGCCGCCAUCGCCGGCCGUGCAGAACUCAGGCCCGUCGGCAUAGCAACCGUCACGUCGUCGCCUCGUUCCGCUCCGAGGAGGAAGGCUAACCAGGAGGAAGAGGAGGAGGUAUGUGUAGGGGGGUGGUGCAGUGAUCGAGCUAACCCCCCCCCCUCCUCCCGAGAAAUUAUCGGACGAAGCCCAUCUUUCGAUUUUUGGGAUUAUUAUUUUUGCACAUUCGUGGUUCGUGACCUCUCCCCCCCCCCCCACCUGAUCAUGUUCAAGAAACUCUUGGUGUCGGACAGACUGACACACACACACACCAAAAAUACGGGCUUGUGCGCAAAGCUUAGCCGUAAAGUGUGUGUACGUUUUGUGAUGCGCUCCUGACAAUCGGCAUGACGACCUGGGAGGAGGAGGAGGGAUGCUGGGGGGGGGAGAGGCAUCGCUGUACCAGUCUCGGGGAACAACACAGACGAUUUCUUCUUCUGAUUCUCGGGGGGGGGGGGGGGGAGGAAUUGGACGCUCUGGCCGUCUUGUCGCCGAUACCGUCGUUAGGAAAUCCUCCCCGCAGGCAAGGACUUUUGCAUGGGCAGAUGCUGCAACCGGGGCCUAACCACAGCCCCCUCCCCCCCCUUUCCUUGGAUGCGUUCACCCCUCCCUCCACCCCGACCUCGAAGCUUUUACCUAGCAACUUAAUUAUUUUUUCUUUCAUACUUUUACGUUUUAGCACUUUUUGUCAUCGACACUAAACCGACCAAUGGGGGACCAGUAGUAGGGGCUUUUAAAUAAAUAAAGAAAGAAAGGCCUAGAACAAACGGAGAGGACACUCUGAAUACCACCCAUCUGGUAUGGGAGGCGCAGGGCCAGCCAUCUCAACGUACUCUUAUUUUUGAAAGGGCGGUCAAUGGGGAGCUUUUAUUGUGAAUUUUUAUUUUUUUCGUUUGAGGUGGAGGUUUGGGCUGUGCGCACAUCAGUCACUUGUUAUCCAUCUGUCACUUUCUCCCCGGUCUGAGUCUCCCCAUCGACGACCAUUUUGUCCCCUUCCCGCCUUUUUGACCCCCCCACCUCCAUGUCCACUGGAGAAAGGAACCGAAACGACGUUGGGACAAUUACUUUGGGAAUCGCAUGUAUUUGGUAGGGCAACACCAAGGACUGGUAUCGGACUGCACCUCUUCUUUCCUGUGUUGCGUUAUGUCAAGUCAGUCAGUAUCGGAUUCGGUUAAUAUUGGAAAAAAACUGACUUUGGAUCGGAUUCAACGGGACUGUUUAAACCGAAUUCAAACCGUACGAUGUCCGAUGGACCUCUGCCAAGUGCCUGGUGCGACACCAUAGAUGCAUAUAUGAUAUUUUUUGUUUUGUAAGUAUUAUUAUCUUUUUUUUGUUGUGUAUGUAUGAGGUGACCCUCCUUUUGUGUGUGUAUGUAUGUUUGCGUGCGUGUGUAUAUAUAUCUAUGGUUUUAGCCAGGUGUCGAACUACUACCUGUAAACUCAGACCAGGUGGAGAUAGACCAGGAAAGGCUGUUGUCAUCGGCGACACACACAAACAACCCAACGAAGACUCACUGUAACGUGAACAUUGUCCCAUCCCGAACACUGAACGAUGCUGUUUUUUUUGCCCCCGUUGGAUGGUAUUUUUCUGUCCUUUGUACGACUCUGUCUGCGUGCUUCGGAGGCGGUGGUGGAGAAGGUGGUGGUGGUGGAGAUAGGAAAGCAGUGGUUCUUGUGUGCAUGCUCCUCAGACCCUUCACAAAUGUGACGUUCGUUUGCACUACACAGUUGCACCUCAAAUAAAAAGAAUACCCUUAAAUUA